GCUAAAACCAAGUAAGUAUUCACGAUUUGCAGCGUAUUAAAUAGGAUGGAAUAGCAAAGUGAAGUUCGCUAAAACUGUACCACCGUGAGAUUUAAUGGUUUGUCCAACUAAAGUUAAAAUUGUGUGCUUGCGUUGUACUUGUCGCACGCACCUCAUUAAAUUAUCGUGAGAUCAAAGUUUGCAAUUGCAUGUAUGUUGUUUUAAGCAUGCAUUAUGUGCGUCGACGAAGUAAUUUUUCUGCAAAGCGUGUAACUGUAAAAAAUGCCCUUGUAUAUAUGAUUUUAGGAAACGGGAAGGGCAAAACGAUAUAUAUAUAUAUUUUUUUCUCUCUCUUACAGACCAAGAUGGCAUACUGUUGCGUGCCCAACUGCAAAUCGGACGGGAAACACAAGAUAGCAGGUGUAUCUUUUCAUGAGAUCCCUGCGGAGUCCACACUGCGAGAAGCAUGGAUCAGGGCAAUUGAUAGACCUGACUGGACCCCGAAUGUAUCAUCCAACUAUUCAAGGGUCUGCAGCAAACACUUUAAGGACGAAGAUUUUACGAAUGGCCAAAGGCGCCGUCUAAAGAAGGGCAUAGUGCCUGCGCUCUUUCCGGAGAGAUCGUCGAAAGUUCUGCGUGCGCCUGCUGCAGAAAGCACGAUUGAGCACAUUGGUCAUUCAGAAAGUGAACUUACACAGAGCAAAGAAAUGAAUAAUUCAGCCAGUGUACCAGAGACGCCUAUGGAGCUUGAAAGAUCCACCGAGAAAGAACAACGCGCACAGUCUUCUUCAAUUGCGGUGCAAGAGCAGCUAUGUGCGCCACCAAGGGCUUUUGAUGAGGAAGCAGACAAUAACUCUGAUAUAGUUGUCCAAGAGGCGCAGAUGGACGAAGAAGAAGAAUCUUGCAGUCUUUACGCAAACGAGAAAGCAAAAUGGCUGAGAAAAGAAAGAGAAAUGAAAAGAAAGAUUGAUAGACUCCAGAACACAGUUGACAGAUAUAAAUCAGAAUUAGAAAAAGUCAAGGAAGACUGCAACUUUGCGGAUAUGUCAUACAUAAGGCAGCAAGCCAAGCAAAAAGACACAUCGGCUGUCUUCCUUUGGAAUCAAAUAAUUAAUUUCAGACGAAAAAAACCAACAUGGUCGGAAGAUGUUGUGCGCCACUGCAUUAUAUUGAGACACCUAUCUACCAAGGCCUAUGAGCAUGCCAGGAAAGAAAGACUGCUCAAGCUGCCGAGCAGGACCACCCUUCAAGAAUUCCUCGGGGGCACGAGUGGUGAAGCAGGCUUUAAUUCACUGAUAAAGCUGCGCUUAAAAGCAGAGAGUGAGAAACUGACGUCGCCUGCUUCAAGACAUUGCUCCCUCAUCAUGGAUGAAAUGCGAAUAAAGCCAAAGCUGCAGUACAACAAGCAGCAAGAUUGUUUUGUUGGCCAUGCUGCCGUAGGCGAAGCGGACGACCCAGCAAAUGAGCCCUUGCUGGCAAAUUCGCUGUUGUGUUUCCUCAUAAAUGGCCUGUCAACAUCUUACAGGAUUACAGUGUCUUAUUUCUUCACGAAGAGCCUCUCUGGUUCUCAGCUGUCGCAGCUGGUGCGAUCAGUUAUUAAGAACGUUGAAGAAUCAGGCUUCAAAGUGGACAGACUCGUGGCUGACAACCACAAAAUAAACGUGAGUGCCAUGACAGACCUCUGCGGCGGAUUUCUGACUUACAGAAUUGAACACCCGAUUGAUCCCGACAGACUUUUAUUUCUCAGCUUCGACUGCUGCCAUGUCCUGAAAAAUGUAAGAUCUCAAUUUUUGGAAAGAGAAAUUGGCCCGGACGGAGAAAUAUCUUCUCGUUACUUGAAGAAAAUAUACGACUUGCAGAAGGAAAUGAUCGUUAAACCCGUGAGAAAACUUACUAGAAAACAUGUAUUCCCGAACAACAUCGAAAAAAUGAAUGUCAAGCGUGCGCUGGAAAUUUUUUCUCCAAGCGUGACGGCGGCCUUGGAAUUAAGAGGGCAGGCAGGGCACAGCUGUGACUACUCCUUCGCUGCAGCAGGGCCAACAAUAACUUCCAUGAAGAACAUCUACCGUUGGUUCCUACUUCACGACACCAGCAACACGACACAAUACAUCCACCAAAACAAUCCCGAUGUUAGACACUAUGAUGACUCCGACGAUAGCCGCCUCGAAUGGCUGGAACUAACUUUUCCCAUGUAUCUGGAAGAAUUGAAAAACAGGUCGCCUUCCGCGCACAAUUUUCUCACGGCAGAAACCUACGAGGCGCUUCUCCUGACAACCUACUCCACGGUCGCUUGCGUUCGGCACUUGCUUGCAAAAGAAAAAUUUUGCUUUGUGCUGACAAGGAAAUUUAAUAGCGACCCCAUUGAAUCCCUUUUUGGCACGUUGAGGCGAUCCUUGGGCUCUAAUGACCAAUUGGACGUGCGCUCCGCGAUGAGUGGCCUUGAGAAACUGCUGAAAACAGGCAUCGUAGCCGUGCCUGAAUGUAGCAACAUCCUACACGAGCAAGAGCUCGUACAAAGCAAGGCGCUCCCCGCUGCAGUUCGCACACGCAAAGAACCGUCUGUUCUGCCUUCAGCUGCCAUUCACAUCCUGGAGCGCUUCAAAGUGCAAAGCGUGCCAGCAAGCUUGCCGACCCUGCAAGUGACAGCAACAGUCUACAUGGGCGGAUACAUAGCACGAGUGGUAAGAGAGCACAUGGAAUGUGAUAACUGCGGUGAACUAACAAGCAAAGUUCCCAGCAGCCAGCCACUUCAACAGCUCACCAAGAAUCAGGACAGAGGCGGACUGCUAUACCCCUCAGACGAACUUCUUUACGUCCUAGAAACGCUAAGAAUGUUUACUAACAGUGCAUUGACGGAGACACCAAAUCUCCGAAGGCCCCUGGCAUCGCUACUCAAUGUAGCUGCACCAGCGCUGAUAGAUUCAGCCCUUCUGCGAUGCACGAUGGGUGACGACCAGCACCGCCAAAAAUUGGUUGAACUUGUGUGCUCCCGAUUCAUAAAGCCCCUGCUCAGCAACUACGCCUCCGCUGUGACCGACAAAAGCGAUGUAUGCAAAAACUUCGCUCGGAAACCGCUGUCGAGGAAGUAUCUGAAGUUGUAAUCAAGCGGGCACAGUGAACACAGGUGUUCGUGGUGCGAAGUGAGCAACUUCGACGAUGGACCUUGCAAUAAAGCAUUUUUUUUGUACAAAUGGUUAAGUCAUGAUUUAUUUCUUGAUUGCUAUGACGAGCGGCGAGUUUUUAAUUAGUAUAUAACAGUGAAUAAAUAUGUUUCGAAGCUUCAGAAGUAGACGACGCACUCGCGUGGUACGUCUGUCCAAGAUCACAAUUAAAUACUAAAGAGGAUAUAUGGGAGCUCACGUACAAAAUCAACGACAUGAUCAUAAGGGAUGCAGUAUGGUGGGACUCCGUAUUAAAUGUGACCGCCUGGUCUUCUACACCAUGCACCUAAAGCUAAGUUCAUAUAUUUUUCAAAUUUCACCCCAGUUGAAAUGCACCCGUCGCGCCCGAGAACCGGA